GAACCAGAAUUUCCGACGUAACAACUGGCGUGACGACGACUAUGACAGACAAUCAUAUCGCCGCCCGGAUGAUUACAGCCGGAACCAGCGUCAAGCUGAGCAACCAAUGUAUCAACCAACCAUUGGUACACCAACUAUAGCCAUCAACCCAGCCCCACAACAGCUCAACCAGCAGCUGGCAGCCCCACAGGGCUAUUGGAACCCGGCAAUCGCCAACCAACCAACAGGCUUAGUCUAUGCCUCACCUCAACCGGUUCAGCAACAACCGGUUCAGCAACGUACUGAAAUUCCGUACCGUAAUUUUAUAACAAGGGUCAGCACGGGCUACAAACCCCAUAUCUACCCGACCGUUAAGGCAUUAAAUCGGAUGCUCCGAAACCAGGUCCUUAUAAACCAAUCUCACUACAAUAUCUCUGAUGAAGAGAUUGAGGCCCUCUGCCUCGGACUUAACUUCAUACCAUCGGACAUUAGUCCGGAAGCGAAAGAAGCCAACUCCAGCAACCUUAACCAAGGUGUCAGCAAACUAAUUAGAGCAAUCAACAUCAGCCUACAUUUUGGAGAUAACUCCAGUACGAAUACAAGGAAGGGACGACUAACUAAGUUCCUCCCGAGCACUUGGGACCCCCUACCCGAUCAUGGACACAAAUUCCAGCUGUGA